CUGAGAACCAUGGAGCUCUCCGACAACGACCGUCCCAUCAGCUUUGGCUCCACAUCUUCCUCAGCCUCCUCCAGGGACAGCCACGGUUCCUUCGGCAGCAGGAUGACCUUGGUUUCGAAUAGCCACCUGGGCUUGUUUAGCCAAGACAAGGAGGCAGGAGCCAUCAAACUGGAACUGGUUCCAGCCAGGCCAUUCUCCAGUGAGCUGCCCAGGACUGGCCCAGCCGAGCAGCAGGGCUCAGGGGUGAGUGGAGAGAGGCAGCCACAGGCUCAGUGGAGAGGGGAAGCCAGCGGAGCCCCCAAAGCCAGUGCAGAGAGCAACGCAAGCCCCAAGCUCCUCUAUGUGGAUCGAGUGGUGCAGGAAAUUCUGGAGACAGAAAGGACGUACGUGCAGGAUUUAAAAAGCAUCGUAGAGGAUUACCUUGACUGUAUCAGGGACCAGGCAAAACUGCCUCUGGACACCGAGGAACGAGCCGCCCUUUUUGGAAACAUCCAGGACAUCUACCACUUCAACAGUGAACUUCUGCAAGAUUUGGAAAACUGUGAAAAUGAUCCUGUGGCCAUAGCUGAAUGUUUUGUGUCCAAGAGUGAAGAGUUCCACAUCUAUACACAGUAUUGCACCAACUACCCAAGAUCAGUGGCCGUGCUAACAGAGUGCAUGAGGAACAAGAUGCUGGCCAAGUUCUUCAGGGAGCGCCAGGAGACGCUGAAGCACUCUUUGCCACUGGGCUCCUAUCUCUUGAAACCCGUCCAGCGGAUACUCAAGUAUCACCUCCUGCUGCAUGAAAUAGAAAAUCAUCUUGACAAGGACACAGAAGGCUAUGAUGUGGUGCUCGAUGCCAUCGACACGAUGCAGCGGGUGGCCUGGCACAUCAAUGACAUGAAGCGGAAACACGAGCAUGCGGUCCGCUUACAGGAGAUACAGAGUUUGCUCACGAACUGGAAGGGGCCAGACCUGACCAGCUACGGGGAACUGGUGCUCGAGGGAACCUUCCGCAUCCAGAGGGCCAAGAACGAGCGGACACUCUUCCUCUUUGACAAGCUGCUACUCAUCACAAAGAAGAGAGAUGACAUGUUUACAUACAAAGCCCACAUCCUGUGUGGUAACCUCAUGCUCGUAGAAGUGAUCCCCAAGGAGCCGCUUAGCUUCAGCAUCUUCCAUUACAAGAACCCCAAGCUGCAGCACACCGUUCAGGCGAAAUCCCAACAAGACAAGCGCCUGUGGGUGUUGCACCUAAAGAGACUGAUCCUGGAGAACCAUGUGGCGAAGAUUCCAGCAAAGGCCAAGCAAGCAUUGCUUGAAAUGGAUGCAGUUCACCACCCGGGCUUUUGUUACAGUCCUGAUGGGGAGUCUAAAGCAGUUGGUGGUUCGAAAGAAGGUUCUGCUCCAUAUCGGCUGAGGAGAAGAUCUGAACCUUCUUCAAGAUCACAUAAAGUUUUGAAGACCAGUGAAACAGCACAGGACAUCCAAAAGGCUUCCCGAGAGGAAGGGUCUCCCCAGCUGACUUCAGCAGGGCCUCCUCCCACCCCAAGGAAAAGUCAGCCGAGCAGCUCCACCCUCCUCAGCAUGCUGAGCGGAGCCGGGGCCGUGAGGAACAUCUGGACCGACCUUCAGAUCAGGCAAGCCUUGUUCCCCAGCCGGCGGUCCCCACAGGAGAAUGAGGACGAGGACGACUAUCAGAUGUUCGUGCCGUCCUUCUCCUCCUCAGACUUGAACUCCAGCAGACUGAGUGAGGAGACUGCUUCCAGUCGCCCUUGCAGCUGGCACAUGGGGCAGAUUCCGUGUACAGAGGCCUCCGGCUCCAGCCACAGGGUGGUGAGGAGGGCCAGCAGUGCUGGGGAGAGCAACACCUGCACCCCCGAAGUAAGACUCAGAGACGGUCCUGGCUCUCAGUACAGCCCCCAAAGGGCACUGCAGAACGGCCCAGCCGCCAAUGGGCAGGACGGAGUGCCUCCGUUUGAGUCCUCUGUGGAGCUGACCAUUGAUGACAUAGACCACGUCUAUGAUAAUAUAAGUUACGAGGACUUGAAACUAAUGGUCGCUCAGCGAGAAGAAACUGAAUCCACUCCCCCAAAAACAGCCAGAGACUCUGUUCGCCCCAAAAGCAGCUUGGAGCUAACCUUCUCAAAGCAGCCAACUGGCCCAGAAAAGAGCACUCCUCGUGUGAGAAGAGAUGGGGCUCAGAGCGGUAGAAAGGUAUCCACCCCAAGCACCUAUGACCUCAAGGUGGUGGAGGAGAACAUCUAUGACACUAUCGGGCUCCCUGAGCCUCCACCGCUGGAUUUUAAGUGCAGCAGCCUCAAACGGCCCAAGAGGAGCACCUUCUUAGGUCUGGAGGCUGACUUUGUCUGCUGUGACAGCCUGAGACCAUUCAUGUCUCAAGACAGCCUCCAGUUCAGCGAGGACGAAUCGCCCUUCCACCAGGCUCCCUCCGAGAACCACUACCUCAGUCUGCUGUAUAACUCCCCCAGCUGUCAUUUGGCCACAGCAGAUAAGUCCAUAUCUGACAAGCUGUCAGAAGAAGUAGAUGAAAUCUGGAAUGAUCUUGAGAAUUACAUCAAGAAGAACGAAGACAAAACCAGAGAGCGUCUCCUCGCUGCGUUCCCCGUGAGCCAGGACGACAUGCCAGAGAGGCCGCACGUGGGCAGCACGCCUGAGCCGGGCCAGGACUCGGUCCGGUCCACGUCCACCCUGUCAUUCGCAGAGAGCCCAACUUUCCACCUCACCCCUGUGAAGAACAGGACCAGCAGAGCUGGCCGAACCAACCACCCGCUGGAGGAAGACCUGAUUUCUAACGACAGCUCCUUUAUGAGUCUGAACCGGCUCUCCCUGGCCAGCGAGCUGCCCGCUAUGGAAAACCCCUAUGACCUGGCCACCAGCAGUCUGUCCCCAACAGACCCAGAAAUCCUCGAGCCUGGCACAGAGACCACAGACAAAACAAAAAGCAGGGUGUUCUUGAUGGCUAGGCAAUAUAGCCAGAAGAUCAAGAAGGCAAACCAACUUUUAAAAGUGAAAAGUCCAGAGCUGGAGCAGCCACCGGCGGCCAGCCAGCAGCACAGCUUGAGCCACAAAGACCUAGCUGCCAUCUUAGAAGAGAAGAAGCAAGGAGGGGCUGCCAUUGGUGCCCGGAUUGCUGAGUAUUCCCAGCUGUAUGACCAGAUUGUAUUCAGAGACUCUCCCCUUAAAGCUCACAAGGAUGGCUGGGCCAGCCAGCAAGAAUCCUCUACCCUCAGGUCUACACCACCUUCCCAAACAGUGAAGAUGGGUAGUGAAGACUGGCUUCUACAUUCAACCUAUAGUAAUGGAGAAUUAGCAGAUUUCUGUCCCCAGCCAGAGGAAGACAUGAAGUCCAGAUACACUACUCUAGACAUCAGGACAAAAAGCACUCCCAGACAACUGUCCACAGCCUGCUCCGUGCCUUCUCUUCAAACCACUGAGGCUCUGCCAGGCCCCAGCCAGCGGCGCAGUGUGGUAGUAAGUCAGCCCAACAAGGAGAACUGCUGCCAGGACCAUCUGUAUCACUCUCUGGGGCGGAAAGGCAUCAGUGCCAAAUCUCAGCUUUAUAGCCGGUCCCAGUCGUCGUCCUCCAUCUUGAUCGACAAAUCAGCAGACUCGAUCAGCUACCCUAGUGAGCAGCUGCUGUCUUUGCACAGAAGCUUCAGAGGUGUCAGUCAGCAGCAGCAGGGCUUUGGAAAACGCUCAGAGCUCACACUCCAAGACUCACAGAAAGUUCUCGUCGUCAACAGAAAUUUGCCCUUAAGUGCCCACAUAGCCACUCAGAACUAUUUUUCCAACUUCAAAGAGACUGAGGGAGAUGAAGAUGACUACGUGGAAAUAAAAUCAGAAGAAGAGGCUGAGGUAGAGCUAGCUCAUGAUCAUAGAAGGACAUCUGACCCAAAGAUGAUGGAAGCCGGUUCCUUUGAAAAUGUCUACUGCAAUAGCACAACAUACUCUUUAAAUAGUCCUCGUACGCCCAAGAAGCCGAUAACUAGCCAAGUGGGUCUUCCACCGUAUCUGACAUCGUACAGUGAUUCAGACAAACUGGAUGGCUAUCUCUGGAGGGGGCCAUCGCCCAACCAACAAAACAUCGUCCAGUCUCUACGGGAAAAAUUUCAGUGUCUCAGUUCAAGUAGCUUUGCCUGA